AUGAACUGCAUAAUUCGUGUCUACUUGAACAAGCCUUAUAAGGAAACUCCAAAAGCGGACCGAGAUGCCAUUCAUAACAUCCUAAAACAAGAUCGACAGUUAUGGGCCGUUGCCGGUACAAAUGGCAUGGGUACUGUGCUCACGUGUGACGACCUCUUGAUGUCUAAUAUAAAAAACAACACCAUUUAUAAUACAGGAAUUAAUGCCGUUGCCAGAUAUGCUAUUUAUACCAGACCCGCAAUUGUAAAUUUACUCCAUUCGUUGACACCCGUGCUUACAUCCCUGAUGUUCGGGCAAAUCCACACGGGUCUUGCAGUGGCGAUUCACCCAUCCGGGAGCGGCGUUCUGGGGUCGUCUGCAUUAUCUGACACAUUUAAGAAGGAUGAAGCUACCUUAACAUAUCAAGAAAUGACAGAAAAUUGGCAGCUUAUUGAUUUGAAGCGUCGCACGUCCAGGAAAAAAGCAGAAGUUCUCGCCAAUGAAUCCAAAACAAAACCUGUAGAUCCUAUUCACGGCUUUGAUACGUUCGCCGCCUUUCCGUUGGAACGAAAUCAUCCAGAUGAUGGCGACAUGGUCACAUCUCCAUUUGAUGAUACGCCUCUUGCGGAAAACAUUGAAAAUCCUACGUGGGAAAGUUUCCUCAAUAAUGAAGAUUUGGAUCUUUUCUGCAUGGAUAAUCUGCAGUUCGGGAAGCAGUCAUGA